UUUUUUUUUAUUUUAUUCUUUUUUCUUUUUCUUUUUUUUUGAAUAUUAUCAAAUCAAUCAAUAUGACAUUAGAACAAGAUAUUGUUUUAUUUAAAAACAAAGUAGCUGUGAUAACAGGUGGUAGUGGAGGUAUUGGAUUCGCUGUAAGCUCUGCUCUUGUGGAUCGUGGUGUCAAGGUCGUCAUUGGUGAUGUUCUAAAGAAGGAAGGUCAAGAAGCUGUCGACAAUCUCAAUAAAAGAGUUGGAAAAGUCGUGGCCAUCUUCCAAUACUGUGAUGUCCGUUACUAUAAUGACUUGAAGAAGCUUUUCAACGUGGCGGAAACAAAGUUUGGUGGUGUAGACAUUGCUAUAUUGAAUGCAGGUCUUGGCUUUACACCUGGCUCUGCUCUUGAAGUAAUGGAUGAUGAAAGUGAACGUUUGAUUUUUGAUGUCAAUAUUGGUGGUGUAGUCAAGGGCAACAAAGUAGCUAUGAUGCACUUGGUGAAACGACAAGGAGGAGUUAUUAUCAAUACUGCUUCUAUAGCUGGUGUUACUACUACCGUUGGAAUGGGUGCUUAUUCUGCUACUAAACAUGCUGUAGUAGGUUGGACCAGAGCUCUUGAUCAUUUACAAGUUUUAGGUAUUCGGGUCAAUGCAGUAUGUCCUUCUUGGACAGAUACCAACAUUAUCAAGUUACCAAAAGAUGCUGAUGGCAAUCCACAUGAUUUUUCUGCUGUUUUGGAUGCUUGUCCUUUGGUACCUAUGGAAAAGGUGGUGAAUGCUUUUUUGGAUUGUAUUCGAAAUGAAGAACAUGUCGGUACGUAAUUUGAUGAUAAAUUUUUCCUCUUCAUUCUAAUAUUUGUUUCUUUUUCUCCUUUUUAAGGUGAAACUUUCGUAGUGACUCCAGAAGGCCAUCAUCCACAUCCUCGUUCUAAUAUUCCAGAUUCUUGUAUUGGAGAUGCCA